CCUGCAGUAGGGAAAGCCGCUUAAGUCCGGCAGGCUCGGCUCCCAGCUGCGCAGGGCGCGGAUCUGAGGGUCCAGCAGCCCGCGGAGCGCGCGGCUUCGGUGGGGCUGGUGUUCCCACCCGAGACUCUGUGGUGGAGCCGAGCCCGGCAAAUGGGCGCAUGAAAAAGAAGAGCGUGGAAAUGGACUGCUAUUUGCGCCGCCUCAAACAGGAGCUGAUAUCCAUGAAGGAAGUGGGCGACGGCCUGCAGGACCAGAUGAACUGCAUGAUGGGGGCGCUGCAGGAGCUGAAGCUCCUGCAGGUGCAGACGGCCCUGGAGCAGCUGCAGAUCUCCGGGGCGGGCCCCGCCCCAGGCUGCUCCGGAAGCCCCAGGACACAGCCGGAGCCCCCUCCGUGGGAGGGCGGCAGAGGUGCCGCCAGGCCCGCUGUCCCCUCUCCCUCCAGCCAACCUCCUCGUGGUGGCGGCAGCAGGUGUCCACCCCCCAGGAGCGUGUGGGGGAGGGAGCUGGCCGCGGGGCCCAGGACACAGCCGCCAGAGCCCCAGGGCCGUGCGCCGCCGCGGCGGCCGGAGCUGGCGGAGCCCGACGACGACUGGACCUCCACGCUGAUGUCCCGGGGCCGGAACCGACAGCCUCUGGUGUUGGGUGACAACGUUUUCGCAGACCUGGUGGGCAACUGGCUGGACUUGCCGGAACUGGAGAAGGGUGGGGACAAGGGUGAGCCCGGGGAGGCAGGAGAGCCCCGAGGAGAGAGGGGCCCGCCCCGGGAGCUGGGCCGCAGGCUCGCGCUGACGGCCAACAUCUUCAAGAAGCUCCUGCGCAGCGUGCGGCCCGACCGGGACCGGCUGCUGAAGGAGAAGCCGGGCUGGGUGACGCCCACGGCCUCGGAGCCCAGAGCCGGGCGCGCGCAGAAGGUCAAGAAGCGGAGCCACUCCAAGGGCUCCGGCCGUCUCCCCUUUCCCGGCUCGGGGGAGCCCCGGCGAGGAGAAAGCCCCUCCACCGGCUGCCCCAAGGCCCUGGAGGCCGCGCCCUCGGGCUUCGAUAUUAACACCGCCGUCUGGGUCUGAAUCCCAGGGACUCAGAAAGCUGACUGCGCCCAAGGGGCCAGGGCCCAGUGCCUCCAGGGCAGGGGGGUCCGGCAGCGGCUGGAGAGGCUUCCAAAAGCCCGGCUUCAGGUUCCUUUUCUGCAGAAAGGAGGGAGAGGAGGCAGGCGUGCUCGGAGCAGGACGGGCAGCCUGUGUUUGGAGAGGUUGUGCCCGGCUGCUGAUGGGGGAGUGGCCACACGUGGGAGUGUGUGUCGCUCACUCUGGGGCUGGAGGUGGCAGCAGAGGUGCAGGGGGAGGAGCA